AGCAGGGGUUGUGCGAGCCACUGGACUUGGUAACAUCGAAACGGAACAACUUGCGUGUCUGUUCAGCGUGCCCUUCCACCCCGCCCCGCAGCCACCCCGACAUGUGUUUCACCUCUAAGGUGCAGCAGUGUGCAUGGCCAGGGAUGCAUAAAGCGAGAGCACUGUGAUCACCCCUGGAUGGGAGCUGCACAAGUCGAGCCACUCCACUCCGCGUUUUGCCCUGCCCUUGUGCGCUCUGCUCGCUGUGCAGCGCGCGUCUCCGAUGCAUUUUGCCUCCCUCUCGCUGUCAUAAAGACAGGACAGCUGUGCAAGAGAGAAGUUGUUGGCAAACCGAGCACCAGCAGGUUGCAUCUUCACCGGGAUCCUCUCGCCUUCACGGAGUAGUCUGGACUUCUUUUCUCUUUACCAAGGGGAGAUGAGGCGGACGCAUCAGUACAUAAAGAUUUCACUGAUGUGUGCGAUGUGGAGACUGCAGGUCGCCUUAUGUACUCUGUCGGUGCUGUCCCUGUCAUCUGCUGGAGAAAGCAAAGCGCGGAGCUGUAGCGAGGUUAGACAAGCUUAUAGCGCUAAAGGAUUCAGCCUCCUCCAUGCACCUCAUCAGGAAAUAUCAGGUGAGCACCUCCGUGUCUGUCCCAAGGGUUACACCUGCUGCACAUCUGAGAUGGAGGACAAACUCAGCCAGCAAAGCAAGCAGGAAUUUGAGAUUAUGGUUGACGACAGCAGCCACAACAUGAGAACAACAUUCACCUCCAGACAUAAAAAGUUUGACG